AGCAGCGGCCCGGGGAGGUUAUUAGCGCCUCGUCACGCGAGCACCGGAAGGGGACCAGCCACCCGGACAGUCGGCGGGAGCUGUGGGUGUCUCCGAAUCGCUUUUGGAAUCGGCCGUUUUUUAAACAGAAUCUAGUGAGGCCUCUAGCGGCCUUCUCGGUUGAGGGCGGAAGGGACGACUGCGUGGUGCCGGCGGCGCCAGAAGAGAACUGCUGGACUCACGUGGAAGUUGCGCCCAGGAUGCUGCGCCGCGAGGCCCGCCUUCGCCGCGAGUACCUGUAUCGCAAGGCCUGUGAGGAGGCUCGGCGAACAGCCCAGGAGAGGAAGGACAAGGUUCGGCGUGCGCUCGAGGAGAACCGCCUGAUUCCCACCGAGUUACGCAGGGAGGCUCUGGCCUUACAGGGUUCCCUGGAGUUUGACGAUGCCGGCGGUGAAGGUGUGACCAGCCACAUGGAUGAUGAGUAUCGAUGGGCAGGGGUUGAGGAUCCCAAGGUCAUGAUCACUACUUCCCGAGAUCCUAGUUCCCGCCUCAAGAUGUUUGCAAAGGAGCUAAAGUUGGUGUUCCCAGGCGCCCAGCGCAUGAACCGUGGCCGGCAUGAGGUAGGGGCGCUGGUGCGAGCCUGCAAAGCCAACGGGGUCACUGACCUGCUGGUUGUCCACGAGCAUCGAGGCACGCCUGUGGGGCUUAUUGUCAGCCACCUGCCCUUUGGCCCAACCGCGUACUUCACGCUGUGCAACGUGGUCAUGCGGCAUGACAUCCCCGACCUGGGCACCGCGUCGGAGGCCAAGCCUCACCUGAUUAUGCAUGGCUUCUCCUCCCGCCUGGGUAAGCGGGUGAGUCUGAGGCCGGGGGUGAGGACUGGGGGCCUGGAGUGCCAGGCUGGGCAUUUGCCACUUUUCUUCCUUCUGCCCCAGGUCUCUGACAUACUCCGCUACCUGUUCCCUGUGCCCAAAGAUGACAGCCGCCGGGUCAUCACCUUCGCCAACCAGGACGACUACAUCUCCUUCCGGCACCAUGUGUACAAGAAGACCGACCACCGCAAUGUGGAGCUGACCGAGGUUGGGCCUCGCUUUGAGCUGAAGUUGUACAUGAUCCGUCUGGGCACGCUGGAGCAGGAGGCCACAGCAGACGUGGAGUGGCGCUGGCACCCCUACACCAACACCGCACACAAGAGGGUCUUCCUGAGUGCUGAGUGAGCCCACUCACUAGUCAGGAUGUGGACCUGGACCCGGGAGCUGGGGAGAGGAAACAUCCUGACCAGGUCCACCUGUAAAUGACUGCAGGGAGGAAGAAAUUAACACAUCCU